UGCAAGAGAGGUUUGGGACAUGUCAUUAUAUAUGUCGAACAGUAUACGAAACAAUGAGCACAAUAGUAAUUAGAAUAAAGACAUACUUUCAGUAAACUCGUGCAGAAGAUUUUAAGGAAAUACGCGCAGAAGAUAUUAAAGAAAUACUGCAGCAUACAUGCCACUUAACGUUGUUUUUGUUGUUUUACAAUUGAGAAAAAUUUUAAAAAUGAAUUUUCAUUUCUUCAUGAUGCGUAUGCUAUAUUCGUUGAAUAUGCUGAUAUGGAUAAUUCUGUGCAAGAUGUUUUGUGUACUUAUUAUUUUAUCUAUUUUAUUAUUAAUAUUGAGGAAACAAUAUUCCAGAAUGCGAGCGAAUAGAACGCACAGCGAAACAGUUGUGGCUUUCUUUCAUCCUUAUUGCAAUUCUGGCGGGGGUGGUGAAAGAGUACUUUGGGCUGCAGUCAGUGCUAUUCAAAACAAAUAUCCCAAUGUACACAUAGCUAUCUAUACCGGUGAUCUUGAUGCACAUCCAGAACAAAUUUUAAACAAGGCUGAGAAGGUAUUUAAUUACAAAAUCGAGCAGAAAAUCGAAUUUAUAUAUUUGCAUGGACGCAAAUGGGUAGAACCUUCAAUGUAUCCAUAUUUCACACUUUUGGGGCAAAGUUUUGGAUCACUUUGGCUGGCCCUCGAAGCUUUAAAUACUUUUGUACCAGACAUUUACAUUGAUACCAUGGGUUAUGCAUUUACGUAUCCGUUAUUUAGAUAUAUCGGUGGAUGCCGAGUAGCAACGUAUACUCACUACCCUACAAUUUCAACCGACAUGUUGAGACAUGUUUAUAGAAGAACUGUUUCACAUAAUAAUAGUAGAGUUAUAGCUAGAAAUCCAUUUUUAUCAGCAGCCAAACUUGUUUAUUAUAAAUUAUUUGGACUUAUAUAUGGUUGGGUUGGUAGCAGAGCAGAAAUUAUAAUGGUUAAUUCUUCAUGGACUGAAGAACAUAUUAACGCAAUUUGGAAAUGCCCAUUGAGAACUCAUAAAAUUUAUCCACCAUGCAAUGUAAAGCACUUAACAUCCCUGCCGCUUCUCGAUGAUGAUGAAAAAUGUAAGAACAUUCGUAUAUUAUCAGUUGCCCAAUUUAGACCAGAAAAGAAUCAUCCAUUAAUGCUGAAAGCAAUGUAUGAGCUUAGAUCAAUUGUUCAAGAAGACAUUUGGGAGAAAACUCGUUUAAUUCUUAUUGGUUCCUGUCGAAAUUUUGAAGAUGAAGUACGUAUGAAAGAUAUGCAAGAUUUAUCAAAACAUUUUGCAUUAGAUGAAAAUGUAGAAUUUAAACUGAACGUACCAUACUCGGAACUUUUAUCGGAAUUUCAACGGUCAAUGAUAGGCUUGCAUACAAUGUGGAAUGAACAUUUUGGCAUAAGUAUUGUUGAGUGCAUGGCAGCGGGAUUAAUUGUAGUAGCUCAUGCUUCUGGUGGGCCAAGGGCUGAUAUAAUAGAAAUUCAACCAGGAUCGCAAAAUGGAUUUUUAGCAACAGAAGCUGAAGAGUACGCAACAAUUAUGGCACAUAUUAUUAACAUGCAUUCCGAAGGUAAAAAUGCUAUUAGGACGGUUGCUAGAGCAUCCGUAAACCGAUUUUCGGACGAAGUGUUUGAAAGAGAAUUCUUGCGAACGAUAGAACCAUUCUUUAGACAAAAACAAGAAUAACAAUUCUUAUCGAGAAUUCUUAUGAACAGAAUUCAUUUAUUAAUUUAAUUAAAAAUUAUGUAUAUAAAUAUUGCAAAAGAGAAGACUUAUUGGAUAAAUUUUAAUUUAUAAUUAAUUUUGUUAUUUAUUUUAUAUCUUUAUUUUCAUAUCCGCAACCUUCACACUCUAAACUAUAUGAAGCAUUACCUCCAUCAUUUCUAUUUUCAGAUAACUUAAAAUGAAGAUUAAAUUGUUUUAAGAUCAAUUCUGCUACUCUUAUAGCCGUUUCGGUGUGACAAGUGAGCUUCUUAUUUCCAAGAUUAAUUUUGGAAAUACCUUUGGCUAGAGCCAUGAGAAUAAUUAGCUGAAAUAUAUAGUAUAAUUAGCUGAAAUGUAUGACAAUGUCGUAUUACAAAAUUAAGAAAUUAUACUCUAAUUAUUUUGUGAAAAUAUAUGUACCUGAUCUUGUGCAUGUUCGUCGACGCAAGCUCUUGCUAAUAUCGUAUCCAAAAUUUCAUUAGCUGCCUGUACACCUGGUGCUAUUUGUUCUUGACGUCCAGAACCCAAUCCUGACCCGCCAAUGAUACAUCCGCUAGUUGUAGCGCACAUUACACUGAUCACAUUGUUCAGUUAGAAAUAUAUAAAUGUCAACAA